AUGGCGGUGCCCAUGAACAUAGGAUUGUUACUACAGUCAGAGAUCGUUGAGGAUUCUCUCUACAAAGACGAUGGCGUUUGCGUAUUGGGCAUUUUUGGAAAAACUGCUAUGCAGCCUGGUUCGGCGAAGGAGACUCUCAUAAAUAUUCUGGCGGACAAGCGUAUUUUCUCUCUCUUUGGGACCGAUGAGUCAGACAGCUUGGGCGGAGAAAGUUCGAUUUUGGCUUAUUACAAUCAAGAGAACCGUGUAUUGUAUUUGGUUCUGACCUCUGUUUUUGAUAACCGACAACUUUUGCGGGCUUGUGAGUCACUGACAUCGAGUUUGGGACAUUCGGAAGCGCACGAAUUUUGGAAAGGUGCAGAGAAACAGCACUGUCUUCAGUUGCUUUAUCUUUUUUCAUUAUGCCAUGUUUUACUGUUAGUGCACCCCACCUGUUCUUUUGAUGUGACAUACGAUAGGUUGUUUCGUGCAUUAGAUGCACUCCGUCAAAAAGUGCUACCAUUGUUGCGGGUCUCUAUAAAGGACUGCCCAGUGUCUAAGGAAUGGAAAUUGAACUGCCGCCCGUGUCCUCCUCGGUUGCUAUUCGUCUUCCAGAUGAACGGAGCCCUGAAAGUCAGUGGAUCAGGAAUGAGCGGGAAUGGUGCUGAUGGUGCCGGAGACAAACCGAAAAAACACUCACCUAGGAGACGUUUACAGCAUGCUUUGGAGGAUCAAAUUUACAGAAUAUUCCGUAAAAGUAGAGUUCUCACCAACCAAAGCAGCAAUUGCUUAUUUACCGUACCCGCUAAUCAAGCUUUUGUUUACGUUAUUCCGGGGCCCGAUGAGGACCCAGUUUGCUCUUUGCUUGGUCAACUGCGAGCGAAUUGUGCUCUGCGAGAAAACGACGCAGGCACCCCCGCACCGGGUCAAAGACGCUACCAACAGAUGCGCCACUCCAACAGACAACCCUCUUUCACGGUGGAGAGCAGCGGUCUGUCCUCCUCCGGCGGACAGUUAGUGGAUUGUACUCUGAAGGAAUUCCUCUGGCAGCAUGUGGAUCUAGUCUUGACAAAGAAAGGUUUUGACGAUAGCGUUGGUCGCAAUCCUCAACCCUCACAUUUUGAGCUUCCAACUUAUUCUAAGUGGGCUGAUGUUGCGUACAGGCUGUAUCAAGUCAUGAUAUCCAACACUGAGGAGGAGUCGGCUGAGCUCGCAAUGAAAGUGCAGGGUCAGUUGAAAGUAUUGGAAGGUUUUCUGGACGCAGAUGCAAAGUUCUCAGAAAACAGGUGUCAGAAAGCUUUGCCGCUUGCUCACAGUGCGUAUCAGUCAAACCUUCCGCACAAUUACACCACUACGGUGCAUAAAAACCAACUGGCUCAAGCGUUGAGAGUUUACAGUCAGCAUGCUCGAGGCGUUGCCUUUCAGCGAUAUGCCUUACAGCUUCACGAGGACUGCUACAAAUUCUGGAGCAACGGACACCAACUGUGUGAGGAGCGUAGUCUCACUGAUCAGCACUGCGUACACAAAUUUCAUCUCUUGCCCAAAUCAGGAGAGAAACCAGAACCAGAGCACAACCCACCCAUCCUUUACCACAACAGCAGGGGUCGUUCAACCAACGCAUGCAACUGUGGCAGGAAACAAGCAACUCGCGAAGACCCGUUUGACAUUCAGGCAGCCAACUACGACUUCUAUCAAAUGCUGGAAGAGAAGUGCUGUGGAAAACUGGAGAGGAUAAACUUCCCUGUUUUCCAAGCCAGCACGCCGGACCCAGCCCCUGCCUCUGAUCAGGUGACCAGACCUCCCGAGGGAUCUGGGUCUGGAGAGGUGGAGCGGCUGAAGGAGAAGGAGACGGUCACACACACUCCAGGUGACAGCACCAGCCUGAGCCUCGCCCUUAGUCUGGGCCAGUCCACAGACAGCCUGGGUCCCUACGGAGACGGGGCAGAGGGACAGGAGAAGAGGCCCAGUCUGGUCGACCGACAGGCCUCCACCGUAGAGUAUCUCCCCGGGAUGAUGCACUCUGGCUGUCCCAAGGGACUUCUUCCCAAGUUCUCCAGCUGGUCCCUUGUCAAGCUGGGUCCAGCGAAGGCUUACAACUGUCACACGGGUUUGGAGCAGCCGGGUUUUCUCCCAGGCUCGUCCUUCCUGCUGCCGUGGGAUGUGGUUAUACGCAGCCGGUCGGAGGGCGACAUUGGCUCCGUCGAAUCCCUGGACGGAGGGCCCUCCUCGUGGCCCGCCCCGAACAAAGCGGCGGCCGGAAAACGCGGGAGCUCCGGAGGCGUCGGGCGAGGGCGCAGACGUGACGACGUCGCCCGCGCCUUCGUCGGAUUUGAGUACGAGGACAGCAGGGGGCGCCGCUUCUUUAGCUCCGGUCCUGACAAAAUUGUGAAAGUGCUCGGCCCUGGGGGCGCGAAGGAACCAGCCACCAGGGUCCUGAACUCGGACAUGCCUCUGUACAUCCCUUCCCCUGCCCAGGGGAGAGGGGUGAAACCACACUACGCUCAGCUCGCCAGACUGUUCAUCGUGGCUCCUGACGCACCCAUUGAAAUCACUCUGAAUCCACAGGCUCAGCCUGGACCCCCACCGUGCCCAGUAUUCCACCCUGAACAGACUGAGAUAGUGCUGCCCCCCGAUGGACUGUGGGUGCUUCGUUUUCCGUACGCGUACGUGACUGACCGGGGCCCUUGCUACCCCCCAAAGGAGAACCAGCCUCUCGCCAGCUUCAGGGUACUGAGGGGCAUCUUACGUGCCAACACAGCCAGCCCUCCACCACAGUAACCCCUAAAACUCACACUUUCAAACUGUACAGUGGUAUUAUGAACCAGAGUACCGUGAUGAUUUGGUCUUGUUUGUUUGUUUGUUUAUAAUGUUGUUUAUAAUGUUCCUUCAAGUCAAUUCCUUCUUUUGUGGAGGGCUG